AAAGCAUUAAACUCCCUUCAGUUUUGAUAAACCUUGCUUACCUUCCCCAUAUGCAGAAAAAAAUUAACGGCUGAUUCUAUUUUAAAAAUUUCCCCUUUUACCCCUUUUAAUUAACUAGUACAUCACCGGUUACAAUAGGGAUUAAAACCAACACACACCAUUCAACCACCAAAAAUCCAUAGUGAGCAAGAAUAUUACAGAGGCUAGGGCUUGCGAAAAAAACAGAGGCUAGGUUAGCAAAUACUCCGUAAUCUUUUUAAUUCUUCUACUCAUUCUUCUACUCCGUAGAUUACUUAAUCUAUGGGAAGAAGAAACAACACAAAUGGCUGCUGCAGUUGAGGUCGUCAAUGUAAAUGAACUCUAUGUUGAACAAGAAGAAGGAGAUAGCAACGAUGAUAGCGAUGAUAGCGACGAUUCAAGUUGUGAUUCCGACUCAAUUGUCUCCUCAUGCCCCUCCUGGACAUUGGAAGACAUAGAGGGCCCCAAUGAUGAUGACAUUUUUGCUACAAGAAUGCCUGACCAUUCAAGAAAAGUAUGGGAGUAUGCCAAUAAGCAUAUAAAAGAUAAGAGACAAAAAAACAAAAUGCAAAGAGCUGCUGAAAAAAAAGUCAGAGAACAAGAAGGAUGGUUUAGUGAUGGUGAAAAUGAAGAGUUAAGGGUGGAUGACUUUGAAUGGAGCGAAAGCGUUAAUAUGCAAAAUUUUAAGUUGGCAGCUGGGCAAAAGUUUCCUGAUAGGAAAACCUUUAAGAAGGUUGUGAAGGACUGGUCCGUCAGAAAAGGUUAUGAUCUUAAGUAUCCCAAAUGUGAAGCGAAACUUAUAACGGCUGUUUGCAAAGGUGGAUGUGAAUGGAUGAUGAGGGCUUCCAUUAUUCAAAAUAGCUCAACAUUUCAGCUGAAAACUCUUCAAGGAAAGCACACAUGUGCGUUUAGGACUGAUAAUCACCAAGCAGACUACAAGUACCUUGGAGAAAGGAUUCGAGAAUCUGUGAGUGACAACCCUAAUGUGAGCUUGGAAGCUUUAAAAAACAAGAUAAAAAGUGAGUGUGGUAUACAAGUUGGUAUGCAUAAGGUAUAUAGAGCUAGAAAAUAUGCCCUCUCCUUGCUAACAACCGACACCGGUUUGCAGUUUAAGAGAUUAUAUGACUAUUGUGCGACGGUGGAAAAAUAUAAUCCAAUGAGUUCAAUUGUAGUAAAGGUUGAUAGGUCUUUUACUCCACCCAAACUGCAGAGAAUGUACAUGUGUCUUGCGUCAAACAAAGAAGCUUGGUUGUCUGGAUGUAGACCUAUAAUCGGGCUGGAUGGAAGCUUCUUGAAGGGUUUAUAUGGAGGACAGUUAUUAUCAGCAAUUGGUAGGGAUGGAAAUGAUAACAUGUACCCUAUUGCAAUUGCAUUUGUUGAAAUGGAGAAGUUUGACAGUUGGGAUUGGUUUUUGAAUUUACUGAUAAGAGAUUUAGGUUCUGCGGAGCAACAUGAGUGGACAUUUGUUUCUGAUAGGCAAAAAGGGCUCAUUGAAGCAAUAAAAGAAAAUGCCCCACAUUCUGAACACAGGUACUGUGUGAAGCACAUGUACAAUAAUUUCAAAGCUAAGUUUGGUAGCCUGGAGCUUAAAAAACUAUUCUGGAAAGCAGCUUCAACAUUUAACGUGAAGACACAUCAAAGAGUGAUGAAAGAAAUAGAGCGGUUAUCUCCUAAGAAAGGUGAUGAAGAUACAGCUUUUGAGUGGCUAAGUAAAGUUCCAACCCAACACUGGGCUAGGUGUUUCUUUAAAACCAAUGCAAAAUGUGAUGUGAUAGUGAACAAUAUUUCGGAAUCGUUCAACAAUUACAUAUUACCAGCUAGAGAUCUUCCCAUAAUUGAUAUGUUUGAGUGGAUUAGAAGGAAACUCAUGACUAGAAUUCAAGUUAAGAGGUGUGGGAUGGAAAGAUAUGCUGGAAAUGUGUGCCCUAACAUUAUAAAGAAGAUAGAUAUUCAAAGACAACGAAGUAUGAAUUGUUAUCCUUCUUGGGCAGGGAAUGACGCAUUUGAGGUGCAAUAUUAUAUGGAAAAUCACAUUGUCCAUCUUAAACAGCAAUUUUGUACGUGUGGGUUUUUCCAGCUGUGUGGUUAUCCUUGUUGCCAUGCCUUAUCCUGUAUUUCUUAUCAUAGGCUCAAUGUUGAAGACUAUAUACAUGACUACUUCAAAAAGAAUAUGUAUUUGAGAGUUUAUGAGCACAUGAUUCAUCCAGUUCCGGGCAUGCACGAGUUUGAAGAUAGUGGAAAGGGUGAGAUUGCAGCACCUGAUGUAAAAUUGAGAAGAGGUAGGCCAAAGAAGAAAAGAAGAGCCGAUGGAAAUGACAUUAACCCGUCAAAAGCUUCAAGAAGGGGACUAACACAUACAUGCAAGAUGUGUGGAACUCUUGGGCAUAAUAAACAAACUUGCCCCAAAAAAUCAGCACCAAAGCCCACUGAAGAAGCUCCAAAUGAAGCUAGAGGGCUAGAUCAACAACGACCUAUUACAGUAAAUUCUACACUUGAACAGGUGGAUCAUGACAUGUUUUUUGCGAUGGUGUCAAAUCUUGACACUCAAACCUUUCAAAGUCCUUCUGGUAAACUCUUUAACUUCACUUUUUUUUAACUAAUGUGUUUAAAGCACACCAUUGCAAGAGACUUUUUUAACUUACAUUUAUUAUUAUUUUUAGGUGAUAAAGGAUAUGCUAGGAUCUGAAGUUGUGAAUCCAACUCAAGAAGUUUGUGUUCUUAACAAAAACUUAGCAAAAGAAAAAGCUCCAAAUACCCCAAAAUAGGUUGAACAUAUGGGUCGGAUAACAAUUGAUAUUUUUUGCAGUGAUUAAGUAUGGGGCUGUGUUUAUAUUUCCUAGAAACCUUUGAACUUGUGUAAAACACUGUUUUUGGGUUGAUGUUAUGAGCUCCUAAGUAU